AUGCGAUUCGACGGAGUCGUGCCCCGCUUACUUGCCGGGGGACUGGCCACCGCUGUCUUCGCGCAGGCGGUCGUGCAUGAUGAUGCCCGCUUCACUCCUGAUCACGUCCUCAGGGUAAGCCUCGCGGAGGUGCCGUCGGCCUGCGAAAGCCGACAAGACGUGGUUGUCAACGGCACGUCCCCAGGGCCAGCAUUGCACCUGCUUCCUGGCGCGACCUCCUGGAUCAGGGUGUACAAUGACAUGGAAGAUCAGAAUCUCACCAUGAGGAUGGCCCCCUUUGCAGACGGCACGCCGGGCGUGUCUCAGUGGCCCAUCCCUCCCGGGCACUUCUUCGACUACCAGAUCGCCACCGAGCUCGACGACGCCGGCACCUACUUCUACCACUCCCACGUCGACAUGCAGGCGCUGAGCUGCGCCGGCCCACUCAUCGUGGAUGAUUGUGGGUCGUCACAUCUGCAGUACGAUGAUGAGCGGAUCUUCAUGUUCCAAGACUACUUCCAGAAGUCGGACGAGGAGAUGAUCGAGGGCCUACUCUCGACCCCCUUCAUCUGGACGGGAGAAACCAAAGGCGUCUUGCUGAAUGGAAAGGGCGUUGCGGUCAAUCUCACAGCGGUUGAGGGUCCCCCAGGCGGAUCCAACGGUUUCUUUGGAAGCAUGCGAACGAACUCCCUGGGCAAGUUCAACGCCCGUGUGCACGCCGACAACCAAAUCCAGAUGGAAGAUGACUGCACCCUUCCGGUCAUCGACGUCGAGCCUGGCAAGACGUAUCGGUUCCGCUUCAUCGGUGCCACUGGCCUGUCUUUCCUGUCGAUGGGCUUCGAGGGCCACAACAACCUGACCAUUGUCCAAGUUGACGGCAACGAGUACAACGUCCCAGUCUCGACCAAUUACCUGCAGCUCGCUAGUGGUCAGCGGUUUGACGUUCUCUUCCAGACAAAGACCCUUAAUGAGCUCGCACAAAGUGGCGGCAAAACCACGUACUACCUCCAAUUUGAGACCCGGGACCGUCCGGAAUUGUACCGUGGUUACGCCGUGCUGCGCUACAAUGUCGACGCCAGCGUUCCCGCCGCCCCGGAGAGCCCGGUGGUCGAACUCCCUCUCGAUGUUACCAACUGGAUGGAGUACACCUUCCAGCCCCUCCAUCCAGAGCACAACCAAGCUCCAUCGGCCGAAGAGGUCACGCGCCGCCUGAUCUUGGACGCCGAGCAGAAGGUGGACGAGAGGACGGGCCGCCUGGUCUGGGAGAUCGCGCACAUGAAAUUGGCAGACACUGCGCAGGAGAGAGAGAAGCCUGUGCUCGUCGACAUCUACCAGCGCGGCCAGGCUGCCGUGCCCAACUACGACGCCGCGGUCGCGAACAACGGCUGGGACCCGGCAACGAAGCUUUUCCCCGCCAAGCUGAACGAGGUGCUCGAGAUUGUGAUCCAGAACACGGGCUCACAGUACCCGGAGGAGAGCGGCAUCGUGGAAUCGCACCCCUUCCACGCGCACGGCCAGCACUACUACGACAUCGGCAGCGGGCCGGGCAAAUACGACGCCGAUGCGAACAACGCCAAGCUGGCUCGGCUGGGGUACAAGCCCGUCAAGCGGGACACGACCAUGCUGUUCCGGUACCAGGGCCAGGUGGCGCCGGGCGAGCCGGCCGGGUGGAGGGCCUGGCGCAUGCGCAUGACGCAUCCCGGCGUGUGGAUGGUGCAUUGCCACAUCCUGGCGCACAUGAUCAUGGGCAUGCAAGCCAAUUUCGUCGUUGGCAACGCAGACCAGAUCAUCCAAAUACCCUUGCCGUUGAGCGAGGCGUACUUGACUUACGGCGGUAGCGUAUACGGCAACGGCCAGAAUGCGCCCUCCGUUUACCACUACUUCAAUGACACCUACCAGUGUAAUUGGACUGGCGGUGCUCAGGGUCAGCCGUAA